UUCUGUUCAAACGAAUUCGUAUAAACAAACCGUUGACAGGAUAGCCCAGAAAGUUAAACCAAGGAUCGUUUUCAGCAAGCUUUACCGCUUUCCGCAAUGAAGCGCAGAUCCGCAACCCGAAAAGCUAAUUCCCAAGAGACAACACUGCCCGACGAGAUCUGGGAGUUAAUUUUUGACUACCUGUACCCUCGGAACCUCAGAUGGGUUCGGUUGGUCAGUCGGGAAUGGAACAACAUCGUUCGCAACUCGCCAAAGCUUUUGGGCAAGCUUACGCUCUCGAUUCCCGCUGUUUGGACAACCCAGCAGCUGCAGCAAAUGGCCACGACCCGAUACCGGAACAUAACCGUCCGAUAUGCAACCGCCGAAACUGUGCCCAAACUGAAGCUUUUCAAAAUCCGCAAGCUGGUCAUAAAGCAACCUUGGAUAACGGCCGCGGCAGUGGUCCGCAUGGUGAGCGGCUUGUCGAUCGUCGACCUCAGUUUUGUUGCGGCUAAACACUUCAACUACGAGCUGUUCGACUCGGUGCCAACUGGCCAAAUGCUGACCUGUCUCGAGAGCCUUCAUCUGGAUUUGGGAGACAAGGAUGAGUUUCUUUGCGUAUUCCAAAACAUCUGUCCAAAUUUGAAGCGACUGAAGCUGAAGGCGGUCAUGAAGCGGUACUUGGGACAGGACUACGGAGCGAAGCUGCUUGCAUUCAUCAGAACUACGAGGCACACGCUAAAAGAGCUGGUGUUCGAAGGAAUCGACUUCUGUAACGAAUCUCUCUUGCGAGAUAUUAUCGCAGUGGAGGGAUUAGAACUUGACAUACUGUCACUAUUGACCUGCGAAGCUCGGGAUUAUGACAUUAUGGAUCUUAGGGAAUCACAAACCGGUAUUGACACUCUGCAUCUACCUUAUUCCUGUGUAAUUUGCAACAAUAUUUUAACCGGCAUCGUAAUGUAUCUUCAAUACCUAACGACAUUGAGCGUGACCGUUGAUUUCGUUGACUUAGUGCCCAUUUUGUCCAACAUGGCACAUUUGGAUAGUCUAACACUGGUGUACGAUGAUAACGCACCCGAAGAAACUCUGGAUCUCUCCGGCUACGGAAGCACACAACUGCGCACUCUCGUGCUGAUCGGUUUCAGUUUGGACAGUACUGCGCUGCUGACUUGCUUUGAAAAAUGUCCAAACAUACGAAAGUUGUGGAUAAAGCUCUGUCCCAAGAUCAGCGUACACGACAUUCUAGUCAUAGCUGGCCGGCUAGAAAACCUGUACGAUCUAGCCGUGAAACGCCUCAGUGACGCGUCCUGCCCGGAAAACUUUGGCGAAUACUCGCUGAGCCCCUUCCGGAAACUGCGCCUGCUAAACGUGAUACGAGAGACAUCCUGCAAACGGGUGUGCAACCUGCUCGAGAACUGCCCCGUCCUGUACAGCUUGAUUUUGUCCAGCAGCAUCUUCACCGAUAUCGAGCUGGCGUUGAUGAUCAAAUACAUGGGAAACGUGACGGCGCUGUGUUUGACCAACCUGCCCAACAUGACAGUUAUGACCGCCGAGCGAGCCGUCCAGCAGUGUCCCAAGCUGGAAGUGCUGCGGAUUUGCCACAAUCCCAACUUGACCAGGUUUGUUUCGAAGCGAGCCACGGUGUCGGUCGAGUACGAGUAAAUACACAAGGUUACUUGAAUAAUUAUUAGCCAGCAAUCGACCUCAGACAUGGGCGUAUUAGUUAAAGGGCAUCUCCACCGCAGAGAUCUAAUCAAAACCCAAAUUUGCCCCCGUAUCCAAGGGUGCAAACCAUCUGACGGAUGAAUAUUUUUCUUUAUUUUGCGCGUUUCGAGAAGUUUUCAUUUUCUGUUCUGCAA